GAGGUAACUCAGUCAGUAUUAGAAUAAUUGCAUUUCUCUAUAUCUUUUUUCUUUUUAGGGGGCCUAAGUAAGUACAACAAAAUGAUACUUCAGCGAGCUUCGUGGAGGUUCUUUCAUUAACAUGAAGCUGUUCGUCUUAGUGGCCACAGCUUCUUCCAGUGCAAUUUGCACGACAAAACCCUCCCCGGAGGACCACCAUUUGAUUAAGACUAGACGCUGGUUACAAUGAGUAUCUAUAUUUCUCAUACUGGUGGAACUCGAAAUAAGACACUUUUGAUAGUAAAUGAGAGAACAACAAUACAGUUACAGACCUGCACAGACUAGCAAGGAUGAGGACGAUCUUUUUUUUCGGACUUCACAGGCUGUCCCAGGUGCAGUGCGCAUUUCUGCUCUGUCGAGGAAUACCUGAGUGUCCACCCGUAGGUACGACUGGCAGUUCUCUUUCCUCAACGACAACGGGAAGACCGGAUCUGUGCCUGUCAUUCGUAAGGAAAAUCUCAUUGAGAGAUCAUCUGGGCGAGAAGAAUAGCAGGUGGAGCAAGCACGAUGUGAGGCCUCAACCUCAACAAGUAGAUGCAGAUUAUGCCAAAAUAAUGAAAAGUUUCGGUCCUUCAGAAACUACUGAGCCCACUUUCGUUCCAACCCUCCUCAGUCAGGAAUUCACUGAUUACGAGAUGCACGAAACGGAGCAACCUGCUUGCGAAAAGAAAGAGCAAGUCGAGGAGUGCCAGGAUAGAUAUUUGACGCAACCAAAAAAUUGGUCUGUACCACCUGUGAUGAAGAUCCAUGGAGAUGAUGAAGGUAAACCUGUUUGUUCAGAAAGCUCAGUCAUGACCGAAAAACUAGCUGAAGUUUCUUCGAGUAUUGUUCAUCAGAUGAAAGUUGACGCGGUUGACGCACGAAGCCGCCAAACCCAACAUGAGCAUGAUGAUGGCGCCGAAGCUAGUCCACUAGGGUCCUUCUUAUCGACAGGGGCGCUGGGCGAGGUUGUUUUCAGCUUCUUGUUUCCGCAGGAUCGAGAGCAGAUGAUGGCUGCCGCGAGAACGGGGGACGCGAUAGAGAUGCGAGUUUGGAGUGCAAGGCAGGACAGAGAGCAAGGCGUCAACAGCGUUGCAGAGGUAAGAACAAGUAAAAAAAUCUGCACCUAGAUGAGAACCUGUCGUGUUACUUCUACGUUUAGUCUUGUGCAGUUGCAGAAGCAGAGGAAAUGUUGAGGUAAUCUAACAAAUUUGUAGUCGUAGUAUUGACAUUGAGUAUUAGAAGCUGCUGUCGUUGCUGUAUAGAAUUUGCAAACUGCUUGCUUGCAUGUCGGACGCAGGCAGAUGUGUCAGAAUCUUGUGAAGCGAAGCCAUUUUAUUAUUACGGAACUGCAGGCAAACAUGUCUCCUGAUAAUAUAUAAGUGGUUUUCUUCAACAUCGUGUUAUACUUAUUUUAUGUAGGAGCACUUCUUUCACAUACUAUAAUAUUCUGGCGUCACCAACACCAUCACUGCUACAGUUUUUCUUGCGUCCUCUAGCUGCGCAUGUCGCGAUGGUUGCUCGGGAUCCCACUGGGGUGUUUAUGGAUGCUACCGCCGCGACCACGGAUGGUCCUCGUCCAAAUGCGCCUUCUAUUCUCCUUGGCGGGCCUCCUUUUGGCAACAGGAGAGCCAUUGUCACAGCGGACAAAUUGCGGUUAGAACAAGAGAACGAACGAGAUCGUGCUGAGCAGCUACAGCGUAUACUACCGAGAUACUUUGCGCGCGCUGGCAUUCCUUCUGGCGUAGUCGACAACAUGCACUGGAAGAUGGCAAGUAGGGAGGCGAUGCCCGAGUCACUUGUUCCCACGAAUUUGCGUUCAAUGCUUGCUCCUACCGCUGCUCAGGGAAAUCAUGAUGGUGCAUCGCCAUCGCCUGAGACUUCUACCGAAGACGAUGAUGUGGACGUUGGAGAUACAAAGAAGUCGUGCGGCACUAUGCAGGAUGUUGUUCGUCCAUCAUCGCCUCUUCGUGGAAGUAUUGUUCUUCAUGAUGAGAUCGAGGACCAGCCUAUGCGGCAGAUUUCUUGUUGUCCAUCGUUGGUACAUCGUAGGAGUACUGCGAUCACCAGAUCUUCAAAGAUUUCUUCGAAAAAAAGAGGGCAGUCAUCUGUAAUACUGCAGGAGCGUGAAAAAAGAGCUAGCCCCAGUGCCAGUACAUCUUCAGAUAAUGAAGAUAUUCUCAUGGAGGAAUGUUACGAAUGCGACUGCACUAAAAGUGGUUCCAAGAACCAUAACUCAGACCGAAAGGUGGGUCGUGGAAAGCGAAACAAGGUAAACCUGCCAAAUCCUGCUGCAGUGGCGCCUAGAACUAGGAGCCUCUCCGACGUCGAAGAGAGGCACCGCCUCGCGCUGAUAGUGUAUCAGAAUUGGCUCAAGGGUAAAAGAAAGCGAUGGGAAGAACCACGAUUCAACGACAGACUGAAAUUAAUUAGUCACGUCCUGCCAGAGUUGUUGAUCAAGCUAGAACACGGUGCCCAGCGCCUGCACUAUGCCCGCGACCGUGAGAGAGCCUCGACGAGGCCUCUGACUCUGUCAAUUUUCGAUAUCAGUACGGCACAGGCAUCAAGAAUCCUGCGCCAAGAGCAUCUAGCUGGACGAGAACAUACAUCGCAGCUCGUGAGACAGCGGAGUGACCGCAGCACAGGUGCAACUGAAAGGAGAGCGCUCCAGGCAGGGACUUCUGAGCACAAGAGCCGAAAGCGGUCGGCGCACGAUAUCGAGGCUUCAUCGGCCGGUGGCUCAUCUGCUUCGCAUUGUCAGGCGCGGCCCAUGUCCGUAUCGUUCGCUACACCAUCGUGUGCCCCAGCAGGACGUGCAGAUCAGAGACACGGAACGAGAGGCAGGAAAAAUGCAGCGAGCACAGCAUCCAACAAAUGCGCGAAAGCUGCUCCUGCUCGCGGGACACAACAUUUCAAGUUCAGUUCAGCGCUGAAAACCCCUUCCGCGCCCGCGCUAGCAAAAGUGCUUGUUCGAUCUCCCACCUGGGAAGUAGCGGUAUUCCGUAGCUCCUUCUCGCCUGCUUUUCCUACAGCGAAAAGAUGCAGCAAUUACAUGCAACAUUUCGGCCUCUCAUCUGUUGCACAUGAUGUCAACAAUUCUUCUUUUCUUGCACGAGGACAAUACGACUGCUGCAGCCUCAACAACGAGACUUCAAGUGACUUUUGGCAAGCACCAGUGUCCGAUCUUAGCGGAGCUCGUGAGCAUGAGAGGAGUAGAGUAUCAACGACCGCGUGGACCAGCCUAGGAGUUUUGGGGAUCAGCGAUAUCAAUCUAAAUCCGCGAGGCCCUAUCAGACUCUCUUCACCAAGAUUCCAUCGCUCACACUUCGUGCGACUUGUCGACUCCCACUACCACGGCCCACCGAAAAGUGGCGAAAAAAUUGUUGCCAGCGACGAAGCGAUGGUUCUCUAUACUCUGGAUAUGAUUGAAGACCCUGCUGAUCCCACUGCUCGUUCUGCAAGAAGAAGUCAUUUCUCUUGGCCUUUUGCAGGCGCAAAGACGGACGAGACCGCUCACGAUUAUCCCUCUUGGAUACCGCAGGUACAGACAAUCGAAUUCAAAUUUUCAAGAAGACAAGGCUAUAGAGCCGACAUCACUGCGGAGGAUGAAGUCACGCGCCAAGCUUUCAGCCGUUUACAACCCACAGAUUUAUACGUUGUUUUUCGCAGACAAACCAAUAGGGUAAAGUCCUCCAGGAAUCAAAAAAAUGACCUUGCCCUUGGGCGCGCAUGCUAAUAGCGCAACGUCCUCAAAGUCAAAGUCAAAUUACUUACUUUCUUGAACAACACGCCUGCACGUCGGGUACCGCCGUGCGGGUCUCUCAGCUAUACGACUGCUAGUGUACCCGAAUUUCGUUGUUGUAAAUCUCCGACGCCCGCACUGCAACUGGUACUAGUUUCUUAAAGAAGAUACGACCUUCUAAUCCAUUGGUCCUCAAACUGACAUUGGUUACCGAUACUUUCAAAUCUAAAGACUUGUUGUGUCGUCCUGCUUGAGCAGAGAUAGUCGUGUCUGAUAAACAUGCCUCGGAGAGUCGCCUCUUGGAACAAUUCUGCAACAAACUAUAAACGCAAGAAGAGCUAAGGCGUUGAUGAAUUUUUCUACCUCGCCUUAUUUUACUUCUUGUUGUACGUGAUGUAUGUUGUGGAUCUGAGAAGUUAGUUGCUUAUUUGUUUUUCUUUCCAGUACUCGAAGUAAUGACCAUCACGUGGAUGUUCCGAAGUACUUCGAGUAGAUGAUGGAAAAUUACAAUUAGUAGGCAUGACCAAGGAGAGGG